AAGUUUGGUUAGGUUAUGUUUUCAUGUUUCGGUCAUUCGACACACGAAGACGAAGUAAACUUGGAGCAAAAAUGUUGAAUACUCGUAGGAUAAUAAAUUACUGCUAUUCAAAAUCAAUAUUAAAUGCAAUUAAUAGUUCUCACGGAAAACGUAAAUUUCAUAGUGUCGAGUUAAAUGAUAUUCCCAAGAUAACAGUAACAGAUAUUAGGAAGUUAUUGAGGCAAAAAGGGUUUUCCGUACAAGAUGGCUUUACGUCUCUUACAACUAAAUGCACAAUAUGUGCUGGGCAGAAUACGUGUGCCGAGAAUAAAGUAUACAUUAACAAAACAACAGGAUAUUUUGUAUGCCCCGCGUGCAACGUGCACGGCAGCUGGAGUGUGCUAGAGAAGCACGUGCGAAAGUCCAAGACGGACUCGGCCACGCGCGAGCACAUCGAGCGGUGCCUGCAACAGAACGCUCGCUUCCAGGAGGAGUGGCUACAACUUGUUAGUAAAACAACCACUUUAGCCGACCUCACUCUACCACAAUUAGAUGAGUUAUCCAACUUGUUUGAAUUUACUACAUCUCUCACCAACUGUAAUGCUGGCAAGGUCUUGUCAGAUGUGAGAGUCUCCGAAGACCAAACCACGCUUUACUUCCCUUUGAAAAAUUCUAUGGACACUGUUGUGGGUUACCGUAAAAUGCAGGCGGGUAAAGAGGAGGAAGCAGAAAUACAUGGCUUAACUUCUGCUGGUCUGUUCUGGUGCAGACCUACUAAAGUGAGCCGCAGUGAGCAAGCAGUAAUAGUCACUAGUAUUAAUGACAUCUUGCAAUUAUGUGCUCAUAAGGUGCCAGGCACACACAUAUGGUUGAACAGCAGUAGCCUGCCACCCACAUUGCUUCCGGCCCUGGAAAGUUACCAAAGGCUGUGUCUUUGGGGAGAUUGGGAGAAUAUGCGAGACAUUGCCAACAAGUUAGGUGAAGACAGGUGCCGUUUUGUAAGGCCGACGGACGGGCUGGUGACGGCGUCGGAAGCGGCGCAGGCGCAGCUGUCCCUGCGCGCGCUGGUGGCCGGCGCCAAGCCCGCCGCGCACCGCGCCAUCACCACCUUCGCUGCGCUCCGCGACGAUGUCUAUGCCGAACUCUCCAACAUCGACAAGGUGCGCGGCGUGAAGUGGCGGCGGUUCCCCGCGCUGACGCGGCUGCUGGGCGGGCACCGGCGCGGCGAGCUCACCGUGCUCACCGGCCCCACGGGCUGCGGCAAGACCACGCUCUGCGCCGAGAUGUCGCUCGACCUAGCGCAGCAGGGGGUGACAACAUUGUGGGGCAGCUUCGAGAUCCGCAACUCGCGGCUGGCGCGCACGAUGCUGCAGCAGUUCGCGGGCGUGCCGCUCGAGCACCACCUCGACCGCUUCGCCGCCUUCGCCGACGACUUCCAGAAGCUGCCCAUCUACUACCUCGCCUUCCACGGCCAGCAGCCCAUCAAAGUUGUUAUGGAGGCGGUGGAGCACGCGCGCUACAUGCACGACAUCAGCCACGUGGUGGUGGACAACGUGCAGUUCAUGCUGGGGCUGGGCGAGGCGGAGGGCGACCGCUACGCGCGCCAGGACGCCGUCGUGGCAGCCUUCCGCACCUUCGCCACCGCGCGCCACACGCACGUCACGCUCGUCAUGCAUCCCAGAAAGGAACGGGAAUCGGAAGAUCUUUCCACCAGUUCAAUAUUUGGUAGCGCCAAGGCGUCUCAAGAGGCCGACAAUGUUCUGAUUAUUCAGGACAAACGUUUAACAGCAGUGCGCGGCAAGAAAUAUCUGCAAGUUGCAAAAAAUCGAUACAGUGGCGACCUAGGCGUCGUACCGCUGGAGUUUGACAAGGACGCGCUCAGCUACCAGGCCAAGAAGAAGAGCAAGGGCAAGGCGGACGAGCCCGACGCUCUGCUGCAGCAGUGCUUCGACGAGUUCGCCGUGGAGCCCCGCGCCGGCGCCGCCGCCGCCCGCCCCGCGCGCGCCAAACACCCGCAGCCCGCAGACUCCUACUUAAGCGACAUUCUUAACCUCAAUAGGACGCGAUAGCGCGUCGAUAGGCUUCGGGUCUACUAGAGGCAAUCUGUGUGUCGAGGCACUGAUAAACACACGUUCGUUGUAUGUUUCCGUGUAUUAUCAAUUUAUCAUUCUUAUGUAGGCAAGGCACACUUCAUUUUUGUAAAUUAGAAAUGUAAGUUUAUUUAUAAUUACCAUAAUAAACAAUCGACGAACGAUGUGUGCAUUUCAUUAUCGUACUUAUCGUACUAGCCAUUUACUACGCAGCAAGUAUUACGUUACAUAUUAGUCAUGUAAAUAUUGUAUAUCUUGUAAUAAUGAUGUAUAUAUUUGGUAAGAAUAACAUAUUAUAUGAUGUUUAAAACUAAUUGUUUUA